AUGGAGCCCAAGAUGGAUGCCGGGCUGCGAGCAUUGGCCUACUCUGGCUCUUUUCAAGAUCUGGAAUCACUCCUCAACGGGAAAGCAGCCGCCUACACCAUCGGAAGCUCGGCGACGCAGCCGCCAGCUUUGUACGCGGUCACCGUUGGAGGUGACACCCUUCUCCACGUGGUCGCCGCCAUUAAUGGCGAUUCUGAGGAUUCCACCAACAAGGCCAGCCUCGUCUACGACAAGGCACCUAGCAUCCUCUUCGUGCAAAACUGCCACGGAGAUACACCCCUGCACUCUGCUGCACGGGCGGGCAACAUGAGAAUGGUGUCUCUUCUCAUUGAUCUCGCCAAUGGUCAGGGUAUUAACAAUGCAAAGGGACUUCUUGAAACACAAAACAAGAUCCAUGAGACAGCCUUGCAUGAGGCCGUCCGCUCUGGGAACAAUGAUAUGGUCAAGUUGUUCAUGGAGGAGAACCCACAACUGGCCCGUUUUCCUGAACAAGGCACUUCGCCGUUGUACCUAGCCGUCUUACUGGAAAACAAAAUCAUCGCAAAAACACUCUACGACUUGAGUGGUGGGCUUCUUUCAUACUCUGGACCAGAUGGACGAAAUGCAUUGCAUGUCGCUGUUCAAGGAAGCCAAGUUGAUAGAAUGGAUAUAGGGACUGUCGAUUAUGCUUGUCGAAACAUAUCAUUGUCAUGGAUUUUGAAUAUGCAAGACAAAGAUGGGAACACUGGACUACACCUAGCGGAAAAUGAAGUACAGAUACUCAAAGCACUCAAAUAUGUCAGUGCUAAAAGGGGUAUUGUUCACCAGGGAUUCUUGGAUGAAUUUGAUAUUGACCAAUCAAGACAGGAAGAAAUACAUAUGAUGAGUCAAGUGAAAGAGGGAACACAAAGUCUUUGUAUCGGCUCGGUCUUAAUUGCAACUGUAACCUUUGGUGCAACUUUCACUAUGCCUGGAGGUCUUAGAGCUGAUGAUCACACUAAUGCAGGCUCACCAACACUUGCUGGAACAUUUUAUUUUUAUGCAUUCAUCGUGGCCAACACAAUUGCCUUCACCCUCUCGGUCAUGGCUACAAUUUCUUACAUAAUUUCUGGGACUCCUGCGAUCGAGAGGGUCUUCCUUUCAGCUGACAUAUCGAAUGGUCUCUCCGUCAAUCACAUUCAGCAGUUCUACACUCUCUGGGCGCUUUGGGAUCUCGUUUAUCUCCAGGACGAUGUCCCUGAUGACAUCACCUGGACUCUCACCUCAAAUGGGGUGUAUUCGGCGGCUUCAGCAUACAAGGUGCAGUUCAAGGGGACCAUUCUCAUCACCAUGUUGUCAGGGUUUGGGGUGUAA